AUGGAGGUAUACCUGAUAGACAAUAUUGGAGCACUUAGGACUGUCAUUUUCUCGGAGAGGUACAAGUAUAAUCUAUAUCAUAACCUCUACAAAUCAUAUCUGUCUUUCUUCUUCGUGAUUUCUUCUUCUUUUCGUCUUCGUGAUUUCUUCGUGACAUUCAAGGAAAAGGAACUCCAAAGGGUUUGGGCUACAAUCGCUGAUGGAGUGUACUCUUCCUCAAGGUCCAAGGCAGCUCAGAUCAGGAGCCCAGUCUUGAGAUAUGUGCACAAGGCACUUGCCAACACCUUCUUUGCAAGGAAGGCAACCGGGACAAUCAACGAGGGGGAACUCAAGUUUCUUGACAUGGGAAUCAAGCCCUUCUCUCACGCACAAGCGAUGGCAAGAGGAUCAAGGGGAGAUAGGUCUGACACAGGGAACUUGAUGCCUUUCCUUGACCACUCCUCACCUACAAGAUCACAGCUUACAACACUAGGCACCAAAGAGGAAGAAAGCUUAGUGUUGGAGGGCUCAUCACACCUAUCUUGUGUGCUGCUGGAGUAA